AUGAAUUCAAAAUUUGAAACUACUGAUUGUGCGUUUCCGUUCAUUUAUACGCGAGAAGAUGUAGUAGCUUAUUUAAAUUUACUUUUUCUCCAACCUCAUCUGGAAUCGAAUUUACGACAGAAGAAGCAUGUGCUGAAGGAAUUUUACACGGCUCAGGUACAAGCUCCAGAUACUCGAGUUUUUAAUUUCAAUAUACCCGCUCGAUAUGUCUAUCUUCGGUAUCGUGGUGGAGGAGCUCAGGGAAUUGUAGCAGCUGCAUAUGAUUUGUUGACAAGCAAACAUGUGGCAAUCAAAAAGUUGUACAACCCAUGUGGAACCAUUGAUAGUGCAAAGAGAACAUUUCGUGAAGUGGUUUUACUAUGCGCUUUGAAACACGACAUGCUUAUUAGACUAGAAGAUGCUUUUACACCACAGACGUCUGCAGAAAGUUUAAAUGAGCUUUACUUGGUCACUGAGCUGCAUCAUGCUGAUCUUUAUCAAGUUAUAAAAGCUCGGCUAGGUCUCCCAAUCCAGUUACAGCCUUUCUCAAUGUUCCACCUAUCAAAAAUUGUUUAUCAACUACUAGCUGGACUCAAUUAUUUGCUUCGAUGUGGAAUUAUUCACCGAGACCUUAAGUCGCUCAAUAUAGUCGCUAAUCAGGACUUUACGGUGAAGAUUGCAGACUUUGGACUCGCUCGAAUGUUACCGUCUACUCCUGGUUCCAAACAAACAACUAAAGUUGUAACUCUUUCGUACAGAGCCCCAGAAAUCAUUCUUGGGUUAAAUUAUAACGAAAAAGUCGACGUUUGGUCAGUCGGGUGCAUAUUCGCAGAACUGAUAUUACGAAGGGUGUUAUUCGAAGGGACCGAGGAGCUAUCUGUAUGGAAUUCAAUUGUGAAAAUUCUUGGAAGUCCUGACGAAAGUUACAUCAGCAAGAUACCAGAAGAAACAAUUGUUCGAAACACUCCAUUUCCUCCGCGUAAACCAUUUGAGCAAUUAUUUCCAGACGUAUAUUUUGGCAAAAUGGAAGAAAACUAUCCGACAUUAAAUGCUGCUAAUGCCCGAGAUCUGCUGUCAAAAAUGUUAGAAUACGAUCCUGAUAAACGAAUUAGUACAGAAGAAGCUGCUCAGCAUCCGUUUAUCAAACCACUUUAUAAUAAAGCACACUGGGAUGCACCUCUACCACAGUUGCGCUAUGACCCAGACAUUGAAAUGGAAGACAAAUCCAUUGAGGACUAUAGAGCAUUCCUUUGA